GCCCCAAUGCCUUUUUUUUCUAAGAUAGUGAAAUUUGAUCUGUAGAGACUGGGAGGAAGCACACAGCUAACUUCUAGCUAAAAAACAAGGCUUCGUGGGCUCGGAAUAGUUGGCAGCGGUAUGGCUAAACGCACCAAGAAGUUCGGCAUCGUCGAUAGAUAUGGGACCCGCUAUGGUGCCUCCCUCCGGAAAAUGGUGAAGAAAAUUGAAAUCAGCCAGCACGCUAAGUACACCUGCUCCUUCUGUGGCAAAACUAAGAUGAAGAGACGGGCUGUGGGGAUCUGGCACUGUGGUUCCUGCUGCCGUGGGGGUUCCGGCACCCACCCGUUAGCCGGUGGUGCCUGGACCUACACCAGCACUUCGGCUGUCACAGUGCAGUCUGCCAUCAGAAGACUGAAGGAUUGGAAAGACCAGUAG